AUGACAUCUUUAUCAGAAUUACAAGAUUUUAUCAGAUUCCAAGACAACUUCAAAAACUUUUUAAACAGUUCGAAGGUUCCUGAUAUUUGUAAAACUGAAUCAUGUAUCUUGGGUGUAGAUGAAGCCGGACGAGGACCCGUUUUAGGUCCAAUGGUCUAUGGAAUUGCUUACUGUCCAGUGAGUGAAACUAAAAUACUGAAUGACCUGGGAUGUGCAGAUUCAAAAUCAUUAACUGAAGAGAAAAGAGAUGACAUUUUCUGUAAAAUGUUAUCAAACGAGGAGUCUUUGAAUACUGUUGGAUGGGUGGCUGAAGUUAUCUCUCCUAAUUAUAUAUCAAAUUCAAUGUACAGAAGAGCAAAACAUUCCCUGAAUGAGGUAUCAAUGAAUUCAGCAAUAGGAUUGAUUAAGAAAGCAGCUGAAGAUGGAGUAAACAUUACUGAAGUGUAUGUGGAUACAGUAGGCCCGCCUGAAAAGUACCAGGCAAAGUUGUCAGAGAUAUUUCCUAACUACAAAAUAACUGUUGCAAAAAAAGCUGAUUCAAUAUAUCCAAUAGUAUCAGCUGCGAGUAUAGUAGCUAAGGUCACAAGGGAUCAUGCGUUAAAAGUAUGGCAGUUCAAGGAGGGCUUGGAAAUGACUCAUACAGAAUUUGGGAGUGGAUAUCCUGGAGAUCCAUUGACAAAGAAAUUCAUCCGAGAUCAAAUUGACAAUGUUUUUGGCUAUCCUUUACUCGUAAGGUUUAGCUGGUCAACGGCUGAAUUGAUGCUUCAGGAGAAGGCUGCAACUUGCGUGUUUGAGGAAGUCGAUGACGAAGGAGCUACUAAAAAAGCGAAUACGAAAUCGAUUAGUUCUUUUUUUGCACCAAAGACUGAUGAGGGAAAGCCUAGAAAACGACACAAAUUUUUCGAAGAAAGAUUUUUAUCUGUCAGCAAUCCAUUUGGAUGA